AUGCACUUCCCGAAGGUGUCGAUACACAUUGAUCGUCCACCACGUCCGCCAUCUUUAUCAGCUUCUUCGUCUCCAGCUCCUGGAUCUGCCAGAAAACCCUAUUUUUUCUCUAUAUAUUCCAUCACCACCAAUACCUUCAUCAACUUCUUCAUCUCGAACUCCUGGAUUUCCUACAAAAAUCGGAUUUUUUUCUCUUGA